UAAUACUGUGACAUUCGGUAAAACACAAAAGGCGCGUAUUUUCGUUCGUGAAAUUAUUAAACUUAUUUUUGUUUAGUUCAAAUAAAUCUGUCGCAGGCUUUGAGUGCGGAAUCGCAUAAAUUUCUUUAUAAAAUAAUUUUCAUUUGAAGACACUAUUGGAAAUAAUUCAAAGGAAUGAAGUACAACAUUAACAAUAACGAUAGCAGAUGUGCAAUUAGCUGGAUCGGGAAGCAGUAUGAACCUCGGAUCGAACGCACAUUUAAAACCAAAACCGCGAUAUUUUAUAAGAAAUGUAUUUAUGGAUCAAUGACACUCGAAGUCGGUAACUAUAUACUUGUCUCUAACAUGGAUAGUGCCGAACCGGAUUCCUUAGCCGGCUGCGACGUAGCCCGAAUUGAGCAUAUGUACGAAACAAUGACAGACGAUCCAAAAGUUGAUAAUUGUAGAGCUAUCGUGCAAUGGUACUCCCGUCCGGCUGCAUUACCAACAAAAAAUAUCAAUGACGAGAAUUAUACGUUUGAUUUUGAUCAUGAGAUCGUUGAGGAUUGUCGCUUCAAUCCGGACAUUUCGAUCGAAACAAUUUUUGGGUUGUGUAGGGUUAAAGCAGUGGAUCCGUCAAUAGUUGCUUCUGAUGCUAUUGAUCGAGUUCCAGGAAAACUUCCUUUGUUUAUUGUACGGUACAAACUUGUACAAGUACCAGGUUACAAAAAAAUGCGUUUAGUUCCCAUUAAUUCUAUCGAAGACCAAAAAACUCCGGGUACGCGGAAGUCGUUGGCUGAUAGAACGCAUCGAACUAGCAUGAAGAACAAUUCUAUGGACACUCCAAAAACGCCGAAGCUGAGAUUGACUCGAACAAAAUCGAUUGAAUUCGUCGAUAUGAACCAUUUGGGUGACACUGAUAUUCAAGCCGCACUAAACCAGGAAAAUUGGGUUGUCAAAACAGUGAAUAGUGUGGAUAAUAGUUAUAAGAAAAAUCUUGUCGAGCUUACGGAAAGAAUAUGCGGGGUUGAAAUUAGUGAUGAUGAAAAAGUAUCGCCAUCCAAAAUUGCCAGAUUCAACAACGCCAAGCGUAAGACUGGUUCAUUUAGAAAGAAUUUGAAUGCUAGUUUUCAUUGUGACUCGCCGAUGUCUUCGGAUACAGAAAGUUUGAAUUAUUCAAUUGUGAAGGAUGACGAAAAGAAAUCGACAGAAAUGAAGAUCAAGUUGCGGUUGUCUGAGCGGCAAAAAGGAGCAAUAGACACUCCUACUCGAAGAUCUACUAGGAAACGAUCGACGUAUGAAGAGACCAUUCCAAUGGAUAAUGAAGUCUCACCCAGGAAAAACAGGAAAACAGUUUUAAUAGAUGACCAAACGCCAAAAACACCAACAGCAAAACCUAGACGCAGAAGUAUUCUUAAAACGCCUUCAUCUAAGGCAAUGGAAUCGCUUGAUACUCCGAAGCGCAACAUUCAACUAUCGAAUAUUAUAGAAGAAUUCUCAGACGGGAGACGUAUUUCCAAAAGGAUUGAUGCAAGUCCUAAAAGAUCGGAAACAAAAAUAGAUGAACCGAAAACCCCUCUUUCGAAGGGACGACCGUCAAAGGAUACAUACAAAUCAACUCCGAAAAGCUCUACGAAACUUAAGCUUAUCCGGUCGGGUGCAAUAACUCCAAACAUUCAUCAACGCGAUAUUCCUGUGACAGCCUCGAUGGACGAUCAAUUGGCGAUCGCUCGCGAACGUCUGCACGUGUCGGCAGUACCGAAAAGUCUUCCUUGUCGAGAGAAAGAGUAUGAAGAAAUUUAUAACUUCUUGGAAAGUAAAAUUGUCGACAGCUCUGGUGGCUGCAUGUAUGUUUCGGGGGUACCGGGGACCGGGAAAACAGCUACUACUAGUGCUGUCGUACGUGCCCUUCAAGCCUCAGCUAAAGAAGAAGAAAUCCCGAAAUUUGAAUUUGUAGAAAUUAACGGGAUGCGUUUGACAGAACCACGCCAGGCUUACGUUCACAUCUACCGCCAGCUUACGGGAAAAACCUUAGCCUGGGAACAAGCCUACAACUUACUAGAUAAACGGUUUACAACAAAAGCGCCCCGUCGUGUGACAACGGUUCUUCUGGUUGACGAGUUGGACAUACUGUGUAACAGGCGGCAGGAUGUUGUUUAUAACCUGUUGAAUUGGCCUACUGCUGCCACCGCUCAACUGAUAGUAAUAACCAUUGCAAACACUAUGGACUUACCCGAGCGGCUGCUGAUGGGAAAAAUAUCAUCACGAUUAGGUCUCACGCGUCUUACUUUCCAACCGUACAACUUCCGACAGUUACAAGAAAUAGUUAUGGCACGUCUCAUCGGAACGUCGGCUUUCGAUGCCGAUGCGGUACAACUGGUGGCACGGAAAGUAGCUGCUGUCUCUGGUGAUGCACGCCGUGCCCUGGACAUAUGUCGCAGAGCAACGGAGCUUGCGGAUGAGCAAUCUAAGAGGUGCGGUGAUUUGGUAACCGUCUCGAUGGGGCACGUUCAACAGGCGCUUGGGGAGAUGAUUGCUAGCGCAAAAGUACAGACUAUCAAGAGCUGUUCCCGAAUGGAGCAACUGUUUCUGCAAGCCGUGACGGCUGAGGUUGCUCGCACUGGAAUAGAAGAGUGUAGUUUCCUCGGCGUUUACUCACAGUUCGAAGCACUGACAGCAUUUGCCGGCAUAACAGUUCCUAAUCCUGGGCGAGCGAUAACCAUCUGCAGUCGACUAGGAACAUCCCGGUUGCUGAUCUGCGAAAACUCGCGCAAUGAUAUAUAUCAGAAAAUUUUACUUAACAUAAGCUCUGAUGAUGUGCAUUACGCUCUGCAAGCCACUAAUUUGAUCUGAAUUUAUUAUAUAACUGUUCUUUUUUAAAUAAAGUGACGUAUAUUUUAACAUAA